AAAUUUAUUAAUGAACUUCUGAACAAAAUCCAUAAUGUAAAAUGUAUCAUCAGCAUUAAUAAUAAUAAAACUUACGAAAGGUAAACAAAAGAGUGAAUAUCUUAUUAGGGGAGCUAGCUUCUCCUUAAAUAAGCUAGCACAAUGAAUAAUGUAAAGUCAACGAAUAUUAAAUUUCAAAGUAUUGAUAUAAGGAAAUACAAUUUUGAGUGUGUGAAACAAAAUGUAGUCUUAACAGAUAUAUCAUUCAAAAUUUAUCAACUUAAUUAUUUUUUCUUAUAUAAUUCCUUGUUCAGUGUUCAUGCCUUGUGAUAUGAUAAAGUAUAUAACACUUAAAAAAAUUUGUUUUUUUUUAUUGGGUGAAGAUUUUAAUUCCAAUCUACAAUGGAACGCGCCCAAAAUUGAGCUAACAAAAUGAUCAUUCCCAUCUAUAUCGCUGGGCCACCGACUACUCGAAAUUCCCUUUUCCUUACAUAGUAAGUCAGGUAAAAGCGUAAGUAUGUGACAUUAACUAAUUUUAUUGACGCUCCUUUUUCACUGAUCGCUGAAGCAGCUAUUGUUGUCAUAGUUACAAGAGCCAAAAUCCACUUCCAGUCUUAUGAUGCGGAUUGUGGAGUGCCAAGAAGAUAAAAUUUCGAUUGAUUGGUUUCAGGCGUAUUGAAAAAGAAAAACUAAUGUUUACAUGGGAACUGUAAUUUCCAGCAUGUUCAAUUUUCAACAACCUCUCCUUGAACUAGCGGCGGUUGAUUUCGCUAUUCAGUUUGCUGUUUUCGCUGUUUCUUCUUUUCUAAAGACUGAAAAGUUUUACGAUAUAACAGGAAGCGUAACGUUUGUCAUAUUAUCUCAUCUCUGCCAUACAUGGGUACCAGAAAGAUCUUUGAGACAGAUGAUUCAAGCUGGAAUGAUUUCUACAUGGGCUGUGAGGUUGGGUACUUUUCUUUUUAUUAGAGUACUGAAGAGUGGGAAAGAUCGUCGAUUUGAUAAAGUGAGAGAAAAUCCACUUCGAUUUUUCGUUCUUUGGACAAUGCAAGGUGUUUGGGUUUUUAUUACUCUUUUACCUUCAAUUUUGCUUUUAAGUCGGCCAGAUUUUGUACCAUUAUCACAUAGAGAUUACUUUGGAUUUGCAUUAUGGAUGCUUGGAUUUGGGAUAGAAGUCACUGCAGACUUUCAGAAAUCAGUAUUUUGCAAUAUACCAGAAAAUAAAGGGAAGUUUAUAAACACUGGACUUUGGUCUAUUUCUCGACAUCCUAAUUAUCUAGGAGAAAUCUUACUUUGGUUUGGACUCUACUUUUCGGCCAGUACUACUUUCAGAGGAAAGGAAAUGUUAUGUGUUCUUUGCCCUAUAUUUGAUAUGGUUCUCAUUACUCGAAUCAGUGGUAUACCUUUGUUAGAAAAAUAUGGCAUGCAGAAAUGGGGUAAAGAUCCUGCUUAUGUUGAAUAUGUUAAAAAUACUGCUCUAAUCAUUCCACUGUUGUGGUGAAGCUUCUUGAUUAAAAGAAUACAGAAAGUUUUAAAUGUUGUAUAAAAUUAAAGAUUAUUUUGUUCUGAAAUAUAAAUCUGUUUCAGAUAAUGCAAUAGAAAAUUUUUUGCAUAUUUGGAGUUGCAGAAAAUUGUUUUUUGUUUUGUACAUAGUUGCCAACUUUUCUAUUUCAUACUGUUGUUAUAAUCAUGUUAAUCAACGUUAGUAUUGGAAAAUUAUGACUCAUUGGGAGUUGAAGGGGAAGAGAUUGUUUUGUACACAUUUGACAUUUCUUCUAUUUCGGUCAUAUAAAAUUUAUCUAAAUAUUAGCAAGAUUUAUGCAGUAAUAUUUAUUUCUUGAUUUAAUAAAUUCAAUUUGCAAUUAUUUUAACUACCACAGCAUGUAUUCAAACCUAUGCAUAAAGUCAUUUAAUCUAAAAUGUUUUAAAAUUCUAGGUAGAAUUAAAAAAAAAAACUAGUUACUUUACUAAGACUACGUAUUUUACAAAAGUGUUACUGGAAAGCAAAGCAAGUUGGCAACUAUGUUUAUCAAACAGUUGUCUUUUCCAUUUGAUUUUUAUUAUUUUGUAUUAUUAUUAAGGGCAUACUGUGAAACAUUGAUAAGCCAUAAUUGCUAAGAAUGACAUACGACGAGUAAAUGUCUUUCAAAUAUUAAAAGGAGUGUGUAAAAUAUCAUAUUGCUACCUGAAUCAGAUAUCAAUAACUCCUUUGAAUUUUAGUCAUCUUCCUUCUUUUUUUUUGUUUUCCUUUUUUUUCUUCCUAAUUAGUUCGCAUCAUGCAGAAUAGCCAUCAAUGGUGUUUAUGCCAAUAACUUUAAACUAAGUAGUUUUUUUUUUUCCACAGCUAUUUUGUAAUAACAUUAAAUCUUAUGAAGUGUCUACAUUUGUCUUUUCUUAGUAUAACUGCUACAGAAUUUUCUAUAUAGAAAAUAAACUAGGUCAAUAUUUAUACCUUUGAUUUUUGGAAAGAUCUUUUAUUUUCAAAUUUUUAAAAAGUGUUCCUUUAAUACUUUUUCAAUGCUAAAUUAAAUGUACAGUCAAACCUCGUUAAUUCGACACUCUCGGGACCUCUGAAAAGUGAAGGGAGUGACGAAUGAACCGGAGUUGCAUUGUUUUUCAAAAAAUUGAGAAAAUAUCCAUCAAUUAACAAUUAUUACAUGCAGUAGCGAAAUUUCAAUUUUUUAAAAUAAAAAAAAAAGGUUAAAGAAUUUGCAUUAAGACAAUUCAAUUAAAACAUAGCAUGAGUAGAAAAACAAACAGUAUGGCUUGUCUUAAGUAUGUAAAUACUUACUUUUAUUUAUUUAGGAAUGAAAAAACCAUCAAUACGGAUUUGUUUGGUAUGGGGAUUACUUAACAUAAUUCUUUUUUUGAGUUUGUACACAGAGUUCAAAUCUUCCUCCGUGACAGAUAUUGAAGAAAAAUAUUUUCUUAGAACUUUAAUGCACUGCAGAGCUUAAUUUUUGGAAGAUUUCCGAGGCGGUUAGUUCUGGAGAUGUCACGAGAUUUUGGUCAAUUCCAAGGUAUGUUUCUUCAUCUAUCACAUCUUUGUUGCGUUCUUUAAGUUGCCUGAGCAAUUCAGAUAAAGGGACUUCAUCAUCAUUAAUAUCUUCUGACGAGCUUGGACUUUCAACAAAUCCAGCAUGCCUUAAGCAGUUUUUGAUGAUUUUAUCGGUCACAUCAGCCCAACUCCUGUGGAUGUAAUUUAUGCCAUCUAAGAGAUUUAGUUUCCAUUCUCUGCCUUCAUCAAUGGCUUUAAUCCAGUCUCUUACAAGAUGUUUCCGAUAGUGUCUCUUGAAGCUGGAAAGAAAUGAUUCCUUGAUCAAGGGGCUGUAAAACUGAAGUGGCAUUGGGCGGCAUGUAAACUAACUCCACUGAUUAAAGGUUUCUUACCUCAGUAUGCGCUGUGCAAUUGUCCACAACAAACGCCACUUUACGACUUGUUGCAUGGAAUUUCUUCUCAAACUCUUUCAGAGUUUUUUCCCAAACAUUGGAGGUCAUCCAAGAUUUUGAGUUUGCUUCCAAUGACACACUCAAAGACUUCACAUUUUUGAAGCACCUUGGUUUUGGACUUUUGCCUAUGACCAGAGGCUUAAGUUUCUCGGAACCAUCCGUGUUUGCUCCUAACAGAACGGUAACUCAUUGUUUGAUUUUCUUCCCAUCUGAGCAGUCCUCUGAUUGAAAAGUCAAAGUCUUGUCAGGCACAAGUCGAAAAAAGAGACCUGUCUCAUCAAGGUUGAAUACAUCACAAGGGUUAUAACGCUGGAGAACAUCUUUUAAGAGUCCAUUUUUCCAUUCUUCAACUGGACGCAUAUCAACGGCCUCUGCUUCUCCACACAUCUUUUUGAGGGAAAGUCCAUGUCUCUCUUUUUGAACCUUUCAAACCAGCCGUUGCUCGCCGAGAACUCCGAGACACCCAGUUCGUUUUCAAAUUGCAAAGCUUUGUCUUACAAGAUAAGUCCUAAAAUUGGAAUGUUUUGGGCUUGGGCCAUUCUAAGCCAUUUAACAAGGGCAUUUUCAACGUCUUCGAAGGUCUAAACACGCAUUCUCUUCUUGCCAUCCUGAACAGGCAAAGAACUUUCAAUUUUAUCCUUUAAGGACCAAAUGGCAAUGAACGUUGUGUGGGGGACUCCUUUCCGUUUCGCAAAAGCAGCCUUAGACAUUUCAGAUUGCUCAAAUUCUCUUAUCAUUUGGAGCUUUUCAUCCAAUGACCAAGAUUUUUAUCCAAGUUUACUCGCCAUGGCACUGAACUAGAGACUCGAGACACCACCGCACCCCUACGCUGUACUAAGUUUUGCAGGAGACUGAAAAAGCGAUUCCAAGGUGCUCAUUUUCUGCCACCUCUUCCCGUCCCCACCAUUACCCCCUCGUAAGGCCAGAGAUAAGGAGCAUUAUUGCAACUCUUUCUGCAAGAGGUGGUAGAAGGAGGGGUGAGAUGACAAAAGGACAGGGGAAAAACGCUUCCAGUGUCCGAAUUCCAAGAACCAGUUGCCUAGUGCGAAUGGCAAAAUUAGCCAAGUGGAAAUUUCCGCAAAAGUUGACUGGAGAAAAGCAAUUUCCCACAUUCUUUAAAGUGUAAUUUUAUCCGGAGUUCAUAAUUUCCCCAUGACGUAGUAAACGGAGUUUGUUAACACUGAAUAUAAUGCAAAUCUAUCGGGACUUGAAAAAAAACGCCGAAAUAACCGGAGUGACGAAUUAAGCAAGUGUCAAAUUAUCAAGGUCUGACUGUAAUUGAAUUUGUGGCAAACCUGAAGUAUAACUUAUUUGUGCAAGUUGAAAUUUUUAACUUUAAUAUUUGCUCUUUUAAGGAGCCUGAUAAGGGAAUGUGUUUUAUUAGGUCUAACUAUGAAUAAAUGUUAUAUAUUGAGUUUUGCUGUUAUUUUGAAGUUCAUAUCCUAGAGAAAUUUAAAGGGAAAAAAAAUUACCUCUAGAAAAAAUAGAACCCAUUUAAUUUUUUUGAAAAAUGUGGUUUUGCUGUUUAAACAAUUUUUAGACUGAUCAGAAAUAAAUUAUGGUUUUUCAUUGUUCACAACAAUAAGCCCUUCAAACAAUUCAAUUAUUAUUAAAUUUUUUUUUGUGAUAUACUUUUUUUUUGUAUUAUGCAAGGUAGUAUUUUUUUUGUUGCUAUUUUUGAAUAUGUUUAAAGAUUGUCAGAUGAUCUAAGGAAUAAAUUUGAAGAAGUUGUAACCCUUAAAAGAGACCAGAAAAUAUGACAUUUGAUUAAUCAGAAGAUGGAGCUAAAAUUAUUUCAUCAUUAGCUGUGAGCUUUUUAUGUUGUAACUUGUAUUGUAGAAAUAUUCAAACUGAUCUCAAUAAUGAAUCGUAUAGAUUUUCGAGAAUCUACAUCAAAAAAGUUGACGAAUUUGAUGUUUGUGACAUAUCAAACUUUUACAAUAUUAUCUUUAGCGAUGUGUUCUGCUCUAUGAUUCUUAUUGUUGCUUGUUUCUAUUGUAUUGUAACCUUAUUUCUUUUUCCCAAAUUAUUUAUUUCAUCAAUAUUUAAUAAUUAUACUCUAUUGAGUAAUUAUUCUAUGUUGAAAUUAUAAGAUAAAUGUAGCUUAAAUGUUACUUUAGAAAGAAAUAACUAAAGAUAACCACUAUUUAUAUCAAUGAAAUAUGUUUUUUCCCUAUACCUGAGAAAAGUUUAGUGAUAAAAAAAUUUUGACAUCCUAGUACAAGCUUGGUGAAAAUAUUACUAGCUUGAUGAAAAUAUUGCUCAUCGUAAAAUACUUGUCUUGAAGAGUAAAAAUAGAACAAAAGUGGAUAUAGUUCUUCUCGAGGAGUUGAUGAAAGAGGAGCUGCAUAAGUGAUUUCAUGAAAUGUCUUGUUUUGACAAAAGUCUAAAAUUGGCAGGGGCCCAGGUGUGUUGAGAGUGUAAGUUAGAGGUUUUUCGGGAUUCUCCCGUUGCCUGAGUCGCAGAACAAUUCUUAAUUGCACAGCUGAUAUUUUGCUUUAUUUCACUACAGGCAAUAGAAUAUGGGUAGGGUGGCUAAAACAAUGACUAUCCUGCCUUAAUUAGCAGUCAAAUAUUCAUUGUUAGAAAUAUUGCACUGGCAAUAGAGCCGAUUGGAGUAUCCCAAAAUUUGGAUUGUGCCUGAGAGUUAACAAGGUAGGCAGCCUUGUUAUGAAUCCUAAUGGUUGCAUCAAUAUUACUUACUAGAGAACUGGUAUCGAAAUAAAUCUCAAAGAAUGCUUUGCUGUUGAAGCCUCAGCUACAAUCUCCACUAUCAGACUGUAAGCUAUCAAUGCAAUUAUCAAGCCAAUCAUUUGGAUUAAGGUGUGGAUGAACUCGAGGGUGUAUGCCUUAAGAACUGCUGGGAUAUUAUCAGAUUUCAGUCAUUUGUACCAAUUGAGAAUUAAUAAAUUAGAGGCAGUCUGGGAAGAAAUGAGAAUAUGAGUCCAUAAUUAACAUCAUAGGCUUGUAUGGGAAGCACAUAUGCGCCCUUAGGCCACAGAGGUGAUUUUCGCUGGACACUCAUAUGUCCAUAGCAGUAAAGGAUUAAAAAAAACUGUUUAAAUUAAAUAAUAAUUUGAUUAUUCAUUUACUAUAAAAUUUCAAUAUCUUUUGUCCUUAGUAUAACUGAAAGUUUAGUUUUGUAAAAAGAUUAAUGUUCUUUUAGUCGGCUACAGAAAGUAAUCGAAGGAACUUUUAUCUGUCUGUCUUAAAUAUAAUAACAUUAAACCUGUAUGUAAUCCACAAUCUUUUUAAUGAAGAAAUUUAAAGGAAUUGGAUUUUAAAUAAGUAGACCUACAGUUUCUGUGUUGUUUAUGAAUGUGCAUAUUUUUAGUUAAUUCUAUUUAAAUAUUUGUUUUAUAUUUGAAUCAUGAGUUUAAUGAUGUUUAAUUUUCAAGUAAUGUGAAAUUAGCUUUUAUUUUGCAGAGUUUAUUCUAAUUUUUUCUCUAAAUUUUAAAAUACAUUAUUGUGUAUGUGAGUUAGUUUUCUUUGAGUACAAUUGUGUAUAUUAUUAAAUACAAGUAUAUAUCUAGUCAGAUACACAUGCAAGAAGUAAUGUAUGUACGUUAAUUUGUUUGAAGGAUUUUUUGCAGAAGUUAAUUUUUGAGUUAUAAGUGAUGACAAUGAUUAAUAAAAUAAAUUUUGUAUAAUAGAAUGGAAAUUAAAUGUAAUUUUUGUUACUUUUCAUAAAUAGACUUAGAUUUAUCUGUCUUUUAUUUCUGCAUCUUUAUGUGUGUUUUUAAUUUCUCAAUUCAUUUUCAAGCAUGUAUGGAAGAUUUUAUAAAUUUAUUUAUGAGUACCUGUGGGUAAAAGCCAAAUUAAGAGUCCUAAUAAAAUUGAUAUUUUAAAGUUU